CCCUGUGCGGAGAUUCUCGCGCAUGCGUAGAGAGGUCGUUACGAGAUUUGUUGCUAAAAGUCAGAUGAUAUGUUACUGAAAAAUCCGUGUAAUCCUUAUCGAUAUUCUGUCCCAGGAGUAUGAAAAUUCUAUGUGGUGGUGCUUUGAUAUUUGCGUAACGCCAGAAUAAUUGGCAUUGUGUCAUAGAACGUCCCAGUCUCGGAAGAGAACAGCAGCAAAAGUACGAUACUGUUGUCCUAUUCUCGAGUAUUCUCUAAGAUGGCGUCGUAUUUUGGCUGAAAAUUUGACAGUAUACGGUAUUUAUUUCGUCCCGAAGCAACACUUCGCCGCCGUAUUAUCCCAGCAUGGAGCUUCGAGUCGGGAACAAAUAUCGGCUUGGAAGAAAAAUUGGAAGCGGAUCCUUCGGUGAUAUUUAUUUAGGCACAAACAUAACAACAGGGGAAGAGGUUGCUAUCAAGUUGGAAUGUAUCAAAACCAAGCAUCCGCAGCUGCACAUUGAGUCCAAGUUCUACAAGAUGAUGCAGGGCGGCGUUGGCAUCCCUCUGAUCAAGUGGUGUGGCUCAGAGGGAGACUACAAUGUAAUGGUCAUGGAGCUGCUGGGGCCUUCACUAGAGGACCUGUUCAACUUCUGCAAUCGUAAGUUCUCCCUCAAGACAGUGUUGCUGCUGUCAGACCAGCUGGUGUCUCGAGUUGAGUACAUCCACUCCAAGAACUUCAUCCACCGUGACAUCAAGCCAGAUAACUUCCUUAUGGGACUUGGAAAGAAGGGCAAUUUGGUGUACAUUAUUGAUUUUGGCCUAGCCAAGAAGUAUCGGGACUCCCGCACCCACAACCACAUCCCCUAUCGGGAGAAUAAGAACUUGACUGGCACAGCGCGGUACGCAUCUAUCAACACGCACCUGGGUAUAGAACAGAGCCGCCGAGAUGACUUGGAGAGCCUGGGCUAUGUGCUCAUGUAUUUCAACCGAGGGAGCCUUCCUUGGCAAGGUCUGCGUGCUGCCACAAAACGGCAAAAAUAUGAAAGGAUCAGUGAGAAAAAGAUGUCCACUCCAAUUGAAGAACUUUGCAGGGCAUUUCCACCGGAGUUUGCCACCUACCUAAAUUACUGCCGCUCUCUACGUUUCGAUGAGAAGCCGGACUACUCUUAUCUCAGGCAGCUUCUACGGAAUCUCUUCCAUAGACAGGGCUUCACGUAUGACUACGUCUUUGACUGGAACAUGCUCAAAUUUGGUGUGAAUCGGAGCCAGGCAUGUGAGCAGGGUGUCCAACAAGGAGCUCAGGCAGCAGCGCAGCAGGCAGGAGCAGCUGAGGAUCAUCGUGCUGGAGGGGGGGUACAUCAUGCAUCAACGGCAGCAUCACGAGGUUUGCCACCCACCACUGCCUCCUCUUCUCAGCGUCCUUCAUAUAGGGGGACAUUCUUAGGAGGAGUGAAUGGGGAACAGCAUACCCUCCCAGCUCAUGCUUCUCCCCCGUAUCCCCCAUGGCGUAAAGCCCCUGACCACCAUAACGCUGCUACAGGAGGAGCUCAUGCUCUCACCAAGAGUGCAGUGGCCAAAGCAUCUGACAGGUAGAGCGGCCUCUCUCUGGAAGGAUGGACAAACUGGAGGCAAUCUUCCCACACAUUAAGCAACAAGCAAAAGAAGCAAAGAAUGCCCACAGGGGAGGAUUCCACCAGCAAUGUGGCAGUGACAGUCUUGUUGCUUUCGGUCUCAUUUCUAUUACCUCUGGAUGGUGGUGACAGGCAUCCCCUACAAGCUUUUUUUCCCCACUGGGUGGCAUACUUCCAUUUGAGGACCUCUGCGCGAGGCUCCCCGGUUAUUUCUCUGGACACGUUGUGAGAACUGUGCCGUGGUGUCCUGCCAUUUGAUAAAAAGUGGGGAUAAAGCCUGAAAUGAUUAGGAAGUGUAAACAUUAUACAGCACUAUACAGCCAA